AUGGCUGUGCACAUAAAAAUGUCUCUGGACUACGGCAAAAGCUCCCUUGGUGGCAAACUCAUCCCCCAGCUCCAGACUGGGAUGCGAGGUGCUAUUGGGAAGCCCCAGGGCACCAUGGCCAGAGUCCACAUUGGCCAGGUCUUCAUGUCCAUCCAGCACCAAGCUGCAGAACAAGAGCAUGUGAUCAAGGCCCUGCGCAGGGCCAAGUUCAAGGUCCCUGGACGCCAGAAGAUCCACAUCUCCAAGAAGUGGGGCUUCACCAAGUUUAAUGCAGAUGAAUUUGAAGACAUGGUAGCUGAAAAGCACCUCAUUUCACAUGGCUGUGGAGCCAGAUACAUCCCCAGCCGUGGUCCCCUGGACAAGUGGCAGGCCUUGCACUCCUGAGAGCCUCAGAGGUGUCCCUUAAUCAAUGACAAUAAAUAAAGAUACUGAUUAUUUAAAAAAAAAAAAAAGAGCUGAGCCCAUAGGAAAGGAAGCCUGGGAGAGGGCAGCCACUCAGGGAGCAGGAAGGGUUGAGCACUGAAGGCUCUGGAGUGAGGGCAUCACAUCUAACCAGGAAAUCGGCAUCAUUGUGGGAAAGCUUUGCCAUCUUCCAUAAUGUUUAGAAAUGCAGUUGUUUUGGUAGCCUAUGAGAUGACACACUGUACCAUGAAAUGUUGAACUCUCAGGCAUGAGGUCCUGAGUUUGAUUUUAGCAUAGCACGUGCCAGAGUGCU